AUGAAGGCCUCCCCGUUGCUUAUCUCGUGGCACAAUGACAAUGCUCCCAUUUACUCCGUGCAUUUCGAUCCCAAUGGCAAGGGCCGCCUCGCGACAGCUGGAAAUGACAACAACGUUCGACUAUGGCGAGUCGAAUCGACCGGCGAGGAACGAAAUGUGACAUACUUGAGCACGCUCUUGAAGCAUACACAGGCUGUUAAUGUGGUUCGUUUUUGUCCCAAAGGCGAGAUGUUAGCAUCUGCUGGAGACGACGGCAAUGUUCUGCUUUGGGUUCCAUCUGAGCUGCAAACACAACCCGGACUUGGAGAAGACCGAUCGGAUGACAAGGAAACCUGGCGAGUGAAACACAUGUGCCGUUCGUCCGGGGCGGAGAUCUACGACUUGGCCUGGUCGCCCGACGGUGUUUUUAUCAUGACAGGGAGUAUGGACAAUAUCGCUCGGAUCUACAAUGCUCAAAAUGGGCAAAUGGUACGGCAGAUUGCCGAGCACUCUCACUAUGUCCAAGGCGUCGCGUGGGAUCCGCUGAAUGAAUUUGUGGCAACUCAGUCAUCAGAUCGAUCGGUUCAUAUCUACAACCUGAAGACUAAAGAUGGUCAAUUUACAUUGACCCCGCACGGCAAGGUUCUUAAGAUGGAUCUGCCAGCGAAACGUUUAGCCUCCAGCAGCCCUGCUCCCCCGGAGCCAACAAGCAGACCACAACAAAGCAACACAAAUUCAUUUGCUAUUGCUUCGCCUGCCCCGUCUACCCCAGGAACCCCAAUGGCAUCAAAUUUGCCCAUGGAUCCUCCCCCAGUCUCCCACAGCCGCCGUUCAUCCUUUGGAUCUUCUCCCUCCAUUCGUCGUUCCGCCUCUCCUGCGCCAUCCCUGCCAUUGCCCGCGGUGAAGCCUCUUGAGGUUUCGUCUCCCAGCCUUCUGGGCGGACUCGGAGUGAAAAACGCCAGCAUCUAUGCCAACGAAACUUUUACAUCUUUCUUUCGGCGACUGACCUUUGCCCCCAACGGAAGUUUGUUGUUCACGCCGGCUGGUCAAUACAAGACCAGCCAUGUGUCAGCGACGGAUCCUUCAAAGACGACAGAUGAAAUCAUCAACACAGUGUAUGUGUAUACGCGAGCCGGUUUCAACAAACCUCCAAUUUCCCACCUUCCAGGCCAUAAGAAGCCGUCAGUCGCUGUCAAGUGCUCUCCUAUCUUCUACACUUUGAAGCAGAGUACUCUACCUGCCAAGCAAAUCACCUUGGAUACAUCAUCCGAGGGAGAUAUGUUCCCCCCGUUGCCAGACUCGGUUGUGCCCGCUGCUGCGGCGUCUACCAACCAGCCAGCUAUGGAUCCACCGGCCUCCGCACCGGCAGGUAGUGAAAAUGCCCAACAAACUUCCAAAACAGCUGAAACGCAGAGCAGUGAAAGCACGGCGGGUCCUGUAUUCGCACUUCCAUACCGCAUGAUUUACGCCGUAGCUACACAGGAUGCUAUUCUAGUAUACGAUACACAACAGCACACCCCCUUAUGCGUUGUCAGUAACCUGCAUUUUGCGACCUUCACCGACUUGACAUGGUCAAAUGAUGGCUUGACGUUGAUCAUGAGCUCAUCUGAUGGCUUCUGUUCUACUCUAUCCUUCGCACCGGGGGAGUUGGGUCAGAUCUACACAGGACCUACGGGGCCAGCUUCAAGGGAUCCUACCCAAGUCGGCUCUGCAACCCCGAACGAACGUCACUCCCCUCCCUACCCCUACACACCUUCCGUCUCCCAUCAAGGCCACACAUGUACCACUAGCCCUGCUCGAUCCAACUCGGCUUGUUCCCAAUCAUCUCAACAGCAAGCGAAUGUGGUUAACAACCCGACACCGACCCUUGGGUCUGUUCCUCUCGUGACAGCUACUCACUCCGCGCAACCACUUCCACUCACCACCCCGCCUCAAACACCCAUGCCGACCGCAACCCCAAGCGGAACGGCGACUAGUAGUACAAGCAGUGUCCUAGGCAAGCGCGAGACCCGAACCGCCAGCGAAUCCGAGAAAGAUGAGAGCAAGGGUACCGAAUCCGAGGCUUCAGCCCAGCAGCCGAAGAAACGCCGUAUUGCACCAACCCUCAUUUCCGCAGGAACCGACCCGGCCUCAACGUCAAAGGAUUCCAAUUAA